UAUUAGGACAACAACCCAUGAGCUGCUUUAACUGUUGUGAGGAAGAUGAUUUCAAUAAUACUGCUAAUGGGGGACGCUUGCAUACUGUGAAAACUUCAGCAGGUACAAAUGGAACUCAACACAACAAAGAUGCCUCAACCGGUGGUGUUCAAGCUGUGAAAGUUCAGCCUAUUGCAGUCCCUGCAAUACCAAUUGAUGACCUUAGGGAGAUCUCAGAUAAUUUUGGGACUACUUCUUUAAUAGAGGAGGGUUCAUACGGAAAAGUAUAUUAUGGGGACCUCAAAAAUGGGAGGGCUGCUGCAAUUAAGAAGUUGGAUGCAAGCAUACAACCAGAAGAUGAAUUCUUGGCACAGGUUAAAACAUGAAAAUUUUGUUGAACUACUUGGUUAUUGUGUUGAUGG